AUGGUGCGUCUGAUGAGUUGGUUGAUCCACGUCCACGGGACCAGCGACCGGACCGCUUCGCCGGUUCAAUUAAAAAUUCCGGUCCGGGAUGCCCUUACGAAAGGAGGAAACCCCCGUCCGAACUCUCUCACCCGCCGUUCCCACAUUUCCCGAUGCCACCCUCCUCCCCCCUCCUCCUCCGCUCUCCCACUCCCCCUCUGCUUCUUCUUCUUCCCCGACACUUCCUCUUCUCCCCACUCCCCACCUCCUCCUCCUCCUCCUCCUCCUCCUCCACUCUCUCCCUCCGAACCCUUCUCCCCCAUCCUCUCCUCUCCCCACUUCGCCCCCUCCGCCGCCGCCGCCGCCGUUCCUGCUCCGCCGCCGCCGCCGACCAGGACCUACUCCAAGCCCUCGUCGGAGCCUCCGACGCCGCCGGCGACGAGCCGCGCAGCCACCUCCCCGCCCUCCGAUCCUACGAGGGCGACCUCGCCUCCCUUACCCUAACUGGCGCCGUCGCCCACGACCAGGCCCUCACUGCCGCCGCCGCCGACGGCGGCGCCGCCGCCGAGGAGCACCUCUCCUCCGGCGCUGACGCCAUGAUUGUCGAGACCGUGUUCCCCGGGAGCCCCGACGAGCGCAGCACCGUCUCCACUCGGUUGUUCUUGCCGGCGAAGAAGGUGAGGGAGAAGGCCAAGAAGCUACGGAGAACUCUCGCUGCGGAUGUCCUGUCGGGGAGUUCCACUAAUCCGAUGGCGAAGAACAUCCUCGCUAUGACCUUCCGGCAAGUCGUCAUGGAGCGGCUUUGGAGCUUCCGGCUUUCGAUCUUCUCACCGGGAACCGAGAGGGACAUGGAAGAUCUCGCUAAACCUCGUGAGGUGAUAACGGAUUUCGUCCUGAGCUCUUCAGAUGAAAGGGUUCUUUCCGCACUUGCCGAAGCUGUUUGUUCUUGUGCCGUUGCGAGUAAUGAGAAAAACUACCUUGGAAGUGCGGGCGGUUUGUUUUCGAAUAAUACGUUCGGUUGGCUUCAGAAACCACAGAGGAACUGCUCUCUUGAUUCUUCUGUUUGCGUAUAUAGGAUUCCUGAGGGCGAAGUAGUGAAGAGUGCGAUGAAACAGUUGGAGAGAUUUAAUCUGGUGAAGGGGGAUUCUUCGUGUCGGGAGCGGAUAUUGAAGCACCGCUGGUGGCCGCCACCUUACUACAAGAGGUUGGAGAAAAUGGGGGGUUCCGGAUUUGUUGCUUGGACAAAUGAGUUUAUCCCUGCUUACAGGCUACAAAUUGAUGCCAAUGUAUAUAAGGAGAUGAAGCUUGAAGGUUGGCAGGAAUUGACUCAGAAUAGGUGGGAAGCUCUUUUAACCCACUCCCAAAUGAUGGAAUUGGGAAACAUUCUUGACAUGUAUUACGAAGAUCAGUUCACACUACCAGAGAAACAACUUUCGUGUGGCUUGAUUUCGGAUCCAUCAAAUAUUCCAAAAAAAAAUAGCUCCUUGAAGACUUUGUUUGCUGCAGUUGCUGUUGGAUGUGUUGCCGUUUUUGUCGGUAUUGCUGCCCAAUUAUAUUGGCCGCAUGUCCUCAGGGUCAAAAAAGCUUCAGAAGCAAAUAAUUAUGUUUUACCAUCUGAAACUUAUUGUUGUGAUCUCCAAACUCUUGAUGCAGCUGAGUUGGAAACUUCCUGCAUAUAUGUUGUGAAGACGAUAAAAGAUGCGCUUGGUUGGCCUGGUGAUAUUAUGUUCGAUGCAAAUAUUGGUGCCUGGAUUGGAAUGCUUCCUAGCUACUUGAGGAGCUUAGAUCUUGAUUCUAGGGGAGAAAAUCGAGCUCAUGUGGAUUUACCUAAUAGUAUAUCUUCUCAUUCGGGAACAAACAAAUUGGAUGCACCUGAUAGUAUAUCUUCUCAUUCAGAAACAAAUAAUUUAGAUGCUCACGCAAUUGGACAAGAUAUUGCUAGCUUUCAGGUGGUCUUGUCAGGAGAUGGUAAGAUUGUUGGUUUUCAGCCGACAAGCCGUGUAGCUGUCAAUCAAUGGGCAUCCAACCCCCUAGCCGAGAUCUUGUAUGGGGGACGGAAGCUUUCUCCUGGUAUUUUAGAGCCAAAUCUCCAUAUUCCGUGCCCAAGUAAAGUGAUUCUAAUUGAACUGUUGGUGUCAACAAAUACCGAAUCCCCUUUUGCAUUGGCAAGGCCGAUUUAUCAACCACACUAAGUGGGAUAGUUGAUUUAACUGAUGUUCUAAUAGAAAUCAACAGGCUCCACUGUUCAGAAGGAAAUGAUUGUGGUUCACAAAUACAACCCAACGUGUUCAUAAGAAGAAGAGAAGGUUUACUACUUUCGGCUUAUUUUCCGAAGGGUAGCACUGAAUAGCGAUCUAUACAACAGUCGAGAUGGGGAAGAUGAAUAAACCACUAAUUGCUUGAACUAAUGCAUCGGAACAUUGGUCAUUUCGGUAGGAUCUUAUUCCUUCCGAAAUGUCUGAUCAUUCUUCAGGUCUGUUGUGCGUGUUGUGGGAAGACUUGAGCAUGUUACCUGAAAAGUUGGGGAGAGGCCAAAUUCUUAUUGUGCCCAUUUUUAUUUCGUUCACAAACGGUUUCCAGUUUGCAAAAGAGAGAUCGAAAUUCCAAGCUGUCGAUCUUUGUUCUUCAUAUGCCAUUUAGGUUUUUGAUCCUGCCAUAUAUAAUCUUUAAUUCCCGAUGUAAUUUUGUUAUGCACUGUGGGUUUUACUUGUUAUGUAUGUUCAGUGCUAGUUUUGGCGAUUUGGCUCGAGUUAUUCUACAAUCAUAAGUUGAUCCAAGUGUUGAGCUUGCUUGUUUUUA